UACUUCCCACCACCACCGAAAAACAACGACUUUGCACCCAAUCCCAGCUAGCCAUUCCUCUCUCUCAAUAUCAUAUCACUAUACACACAUCUAAUCUUAUACAAUAUUUAUUUAUAUCUAUAUAUAUGUAUUUAUUAUUUGUGAUGAUGAUCAUGAGUACUUAUUAUAUAUAUUUGCUCUGAGUAUACAUCAAGCUUCUAAUCAUCAUCAUAUCUAUCUCUAUACAUGUAAUUCAUAUAUACCAUAUCUCUCUCUCUCUCUUUGAUCUCUCUUCCAAUUAUUAAUUAUAUAUAAUAAUAAUAAUAAUGAAGAAUAAGAUGAACUUGUUAUUAAGGAAAUGCAAGAGCUUAUCAAGACAACUAGGGAGAUCUUCUUCUUAUAGUAAUCUCAGAUCAAAUUCAACCCGAGAAGAUUUCUGGGUCACUAAUAAUCAAGAUCAAGAUCAACAUCAUCAUCAAACUAUUUCAUCAUCAUCAUCUUCUAAUGCUACAAUUUUUGUGGGAAGCUCAAGAAAGAGGUAUGUGAUAAGCACAAAGUAUUUGAGUCAUCCUUUGUUAGCAACUCUAAUAGACAAGUCUAAUAAAGCUGGUGGUGGUGCUCAAAACGAUGACGUUUUGGUAUUGGUCAACUGUGAAGUCGUUCUCUUUGACCACCUUCUAUGGAUGUUGGAGAAUGCAGAUCCAAUUAAUACUCUUGGCUCUGACUCGUUAGAGGAAUUAGCAGCCCUUUAUGUUCUUUAAUUAAUUAAUUAAUUUCUUUUUCUUUUGUUUUUUAUAUUAUAAUUUCUUAUCUAAUUAAGCUAAUAAUUAACUCAUUGUUAUAAAUUGCUUCAUUUUAAUUAAUGGAGUACUAAUAAGUACUUCAUGUAGGAUUUAUUGUUUGUUGUAAUGUGUAACUAGUUUUAUUUUGUUUGGAAAAAACCCAGAAAUAAUUUUCGUCUCUGUUUUCCUUUUUUUAUAUAGUUUUUGGUCUAAUUGCCAA